AUGCUCAGCUCGCCGCCGCGCCGCUUGCUAGGUAGCCACAAAGACAAGCUAGCUAGGUGACCGGCGGCCGGACGGCGACCGUUCGAUGGCCACGUCUUCCUCGAUCCACCACCGUCGGACUCGCCUUGUUGGCCAGGCCGAGCAGCCUCCGGCGCCGGUGCCUCUUAGUGAAGGCAAGGGCGAGGGGGAGGAGGAGGCGAGGGACUGGGCGGAGCUGCCGGUGGACGCGCUGCUGGCCGUGCUCCGCAGGCUGGACUUCGUCGACAUCCUCACGGGGGCCGGCCACGUGUGCCGGCCGUGGCGCCGCGCGACGCGGGAGGAGCCCGAGCUGUGGCGCCGCGUCGACAUGCGCCGCCGCGCCGAUCUGGCCUACGACGUCGACCUCGAGGCGGCGGCGCGGGCUGCCGUGAGGCGCAGCGCGGGCCGGUGCGAGGCCUUCUGGGCUGAGAUCUUCGUGGACAACGACUUCUUCCUCUUCCUGGCGGACGCGGCGCCGAUGCUGAAGAGUCUCCGGCUCAUCUCCUGCAGCAGAAUUCUGUCACCCAGGAUGAACGAGGUGAUCAGGAGGUUUCCUCUGCUGGAGGAGCUCGAGCUCUCGCACUACCGCUGGGGCUCCAUCGCCACCUGCCUCGCCGGCGUCGGCGCGGCGUGCCCGCUCCUGACGCGCCUCCGGCUGAACCACGACCGCUUCUACUACUGGAGGCCGGACGACACGGGCGGCUGCGAGGCCGCGGAGAUCGCGGCGAUGCCCGGGCUGCGCUCCCUGCAGCUCUUCGCCAACAGCCUCAGCAACGCCGACCUGGCGGCCAUCCUCGACGGCUGCCGGCGGCUCGAGUCCCUCGACAUCCGGCACUGUUUCAACGUCGCGAUGAACAGCGAGAUGCGGGCCAGGUGUGCCGGGUUGAAGGCGCUGCGGAUGCCGGAGGACUCCAUGGAGGGCUACGACCUCCCGUACGCCAGCCCUGUCAGGGACUGCGUCUACUACAGCGGCGUGAUGUAUCCCGAUUUUUAGAGCGGAUCGAGCUCAUUCCUGAGAAGUGAGAACGAAUCCUCCCGCGUGUGAUUGGAUUUGUGGAGAGUUUACAAUGGUUUGAUUUUGGUGUGCGUGGUUUGAUUGAAUUUGCGUCGCUUGCCUCAUCCGAUCCGUCGGCCUUACCAAACCAGCAGCAGAAGGUUACAAAACCCAACCAAAGAUGUUUUCCAUUCCAAUA